AUGUCUCCUCGGAAGAAGGCAGUUUCCUUGGAAGAUGACCAGACGCGUCCUGCACGCGACCAGCCAGGGAAAGUCAUUGCACUGCUACUGCGAGUGAUCGCCAUGCCCGCAGCUUCUCGGUUUGGGAUCUGUGUUUUGAGCAGUCUCAUUCUCAGCUCCAUCCUUUACAAACUCACCGCAUCCAUCACGGUGGACGACUUCGCUCAUGUCAGUAAGAACGUGGAGGAACCGCGGGAGAUCCUGGGCUUGAUCGCCUGGCGAACUGUGGAGAUUGGCCUGGUGUGGAUUAUGAUGAUUGACCCCCAUGAUAUCUGGACGUACUUCUUCGUCACACACAUGCCGACCUACUACAUCCUGGUUCUCUUCUACCGCGUGCGGCUUUCCUCGGCGGCGUUGUCGUUUGCCAUUUUGCUCUGCUCGAUUUCAUUCCCUCUGAUCCCUACGCUCUGUCUGCCUACUAUUGUGAAAAACCGGCGAGGUACCCUCGAGCCUCCGUCCACCGUCGCUAAUCGAGGGAUUUUGCGGGACUGGCUCACUCACUUUUACACUACGAUCGCCGCCACGUCUGUUUUCUGUGUCGUUCAUCAUCUCAACAGUGUGACCUGGAUGGGCCCUUUCAUGUUCGCACAUUUCGAGAGUCUUCGCACCAUCGGGGCCGCUCAGCCUGAGCAUACGGGUGGCUCCAGUGAUCACCUUAUCUUCUUCUUAGCUAUGCUCCCUGUUGGCUAUUCUUUGUGCGAAUUCCUGUUCUACAAGUCCAUCUAUUCCCCUGCCGACGACUUUGAGAAACCCGCAAACCGCGAAGGGGAAUACUUGAUAGUCAGUCUUCGCCGCAAAACUUGGGGAAAGCUACCGGCCAAGACGAGGGCACUUGUGUCACGGACUCUGAUCCUCACUACUGGGAUGCUUCUCAAUACCAUCGUGCAGAUACUCGGCACAUUUGACCGUGUUGAUUUCGCGGGUUCGUUCGCAUGGGGUGGAGUCUGGGCAAUGGGGACCUUGGUUGUUGGCGCGAUGUUCGCCUGGAUUGGUGCAGUCGAGGGGGUGUAA